UGAGAUGAGCGACUUUUGUGUCUUGAUCAUAAAUUUUGCUUCCGCAGAUCAUUUUGCGCUGAGAUUAGCUCUUGUGUUCCGUGUAAUUUGUGUUAAGAAAUACCAGAAUUUUAAAUAAUACUGUUUGUCAUGUCGUCCUACGAGACCUACGAGGAUUUAACCCGGGGCUCCCAUAGCCAUGAGGAGAAUUGUGUUUGUGUGUACUGUGGUGUAAUAAAACAAAUGAAAAUAGCAUGUGCAAGGGUUGUGACACGGCAACCAACGCCUGGCGUUGCUCCGAUCCCAACCGAAAAUCAAGCUCCAAACGAUCCCGGCAUUGAAGAACCGGCCAAUGUUGCAGCAAGACGACAAAUGGACAGUCUACGGACCCCCCAGCCACCGCUGCCCGGCUGGGAUGAUAUUGAAACAAAACUGGAACAGCAGGAGCUGCUUCGAAGAAUUGCAUACCAGUUCAUGUCUGAUUCGUCAUCGGAAGAUGAACAGAAACCGUCGACCUCGGGAAUCCAGCCCACCGAAGGCCGAGCAGAGGCAGCUGAGUUGGACUGGGAGGUGGUCAAUAGGCAGAAGUAUGAUCCUCCCAAGGAAGAAUUUUGCAAUGUGUCGGACUUGGAGGAUGCAUACAAGGAUCUGGAAGAGGAGGAAGGAAAGGACAAAAAUUGACUGUGCUAGCAUUUAUGUGAUGUGAUAGCAUUUAAGAAACAAAUUAUUAUAUUAAAUGACGCUAAAUACCUCCAUAACAAGAAUUGGUUUUG